CUGGCGACAGCCGUCCGUGCCUCGCGUUUAUUCGUGUCGCGCGUGCUGUGCCCCGUACUGUAUUCUUCGAUUCCUUAAUUUCAUAUCGAUCGAUUUCAGCAUCGUCGAUCGACGGGAAUCGAUCGUUUAGAUCGUUUUCGAUCGGAUGUUCGAGCACUGUUCCCUGGCGAGUGAUCGAGGACAUCCGAGUGCAACGCGAAUGCAUCAUGACGCGCGUCGUUGCUCGUGGAUCGCGACAGUUCUGCUAGAUCCUUCCGUGACGUAUCGAUCCGAUCGAAAGGUCUCAUCUUCGUCCCGUCUUCUGGCCCCUUUGGAUUUUUUUCGCGCGGCAAACUGACUCGAGGACCAUCGCUCAGCCAGGAGGCAAGAAGUUGGCGUACGAGCAUGAAAGUGGAGGGUGGAGUAGCGACCACGACGAUCCUCCACAAGGUCAAGGUAAAGGAAGAGACGAAAGAAUGCUGCGGUUAUCAGCAGUCGUCGUCGACAACGUCGACGGGAACCGCGACCAUCGCAACGGUGACCGCCUCGAGCACGAGCAUCGCGACCACCGUCACCAAUAGCGAUAGCAAUAGCAACGGGGUGUCGAGCGUGGCCGCCACCCCUUCGACGACCACAGUACCCAACACCUCCCCCGCAACCGCCGCUAUUGUCUGCCAUCCGUCGACGCCAGCCUCCUCCGUCACCGUCACCGUCACCGCCAACGCAGAGCCCUUCCCCGUCGAUCUCGAUCUCAAGGCCAAGGCCAAGGUGGGCUCUGCGACGCGGGAAAAGUCGUCGCGGGAGGAGGUCCAGCCGGAGGUGCACUCGCCGUCCUCUCAUCAUCAUCAAAGAGUCGCUGCCGGUGCGUCGAGCGGUCAACAAAAGCAGAGCAAUGAUCCGCGAUCGGAAUACAAAGGGACAACCGGUUGCUCGGUGUCCUCCGACAGCGAUAGUUCCUUGGCCUCGCACUCCCUGAAGCCCGAGUUCGAGGAUGGAGUUGGCUCCGGCAACGCCGGGGCUCCUGCCAACUGCAGAACGGAAGAGCUGAACGAUGUACCCGCGCUUUCGAAUGGCACCAACGGCACCAGAUGCAUCGCUGGUGUUUUCGCGGGUCACGGCAUGUUCAAGAGAUUGCUGGGCACUCUCGUGCAAUUCGCUACGAACAUCUCGCCGGAUACGGGGGACACCGUGCGAACUCUGGUGCUCACGCUCCUGAACGGGAGCAGGACCGCUGAGGAGUUCCACUCGGCGCUGCAGGAAGCUACCAACUACCGCCUCAGAGGCUUCGUGUUACCAUACCUGAAGCACACCCUGCCUUCCUUUCAGAGGGACCUGAACAAUGCCGCCAGGGCCAGCAACCAGAACUGCGCGCAAUUCUUACGUUCGAACGAAGCAGCGGUCCUGGAGGCGGUCGGGUUGCUGGCAGCGGGGGAGCCUGUAGAGAUCUUCGGAGAGCAGGCUGGCAACGGGCUGGGAAGUGGAAACGGAAUAGGAAACGGCGGCAAUCAGUGCUCCGCUCAUUACGGCAUGCGGUCCAAUUCUAAUCCCGGUGUCGGUGCUAUUCAACACACGAACAACGCCACGGGCAGUCUGCACCAUUAUUCCAGCACCGCGCCGCACGCACCGAAGCGUCGCGCCUCCGACACUCCGUAUUACGAGAACGGUGCCCUUCUCGACGACGUGCCAGUAUAUGGAAAGAGGUCGUCGAACCCUUGGAGCCACCACCAUCAGCAGCAGCCGUCUAACGAGAACUCCUCGUCUUAUUGCUGGUAUCAUCCGCUUCAUUCGUCGAGCGGAUCGAUGCAAGGUCACGGGCAUCGCCACGGUCACGGACCCAGCCCGGUACCACCUAGCCUCGUGCAAAUUAAUCAGAUAAACGCGUUCUCGGGCACGCACCAUCUAGCUCAACAACAACAGCAGCAACAGCUGAGCCACGUUCAAACGCAGAACGGGAGCCUCGACGACGAGUGGAAGAACAUCCACGUGAUGCUGAAUUGCAUUCUGGGGAUGGUCGAGAAGACCAAGAGGGCUCUGGCCAUUCUGCAGACUCGUGGGUGUUCCAGUCCAGCCGCCGCGGCGCCUUUGGCAGCGUCCACGUCGGCUGGGGGAGCUCAGAAUGGUAACGGUGGUAGCAACAGUGCUACCAGCAACAAUCCAUCCUCUACGAAUGGUUCCCAGGUGGAAUCUUCCACUGGGGAUCGGGAGGGUAGCCUGAAACGAUUGUCUGGUGAGAUCGUUGCUCAGACUAUCAGGGCGACCGAGGACAAAGUCGCGGAGGUGAAGAGGAAGGCUGAAGAAGCCGUGCUAGAGGUGAAGAGGGCAGCCGUGGCCGAAGUCCAGAGGGCCGUGGCAGUCGCGGUGGCCGAGUCCAGGGCGAACGAACGUCUCCGCGUCCAUCGACUGUUGGAUCUUCCUUUGUCGCAGAGGAAUCACGGUGGCCUUCGUCAGGGACCCUUUCUCCGCGUCCAUGGCAAUCCCAGCGCGGUAGACUCCAACGCGAGGACCGUCGCGACGCCCACGACUACUUCGAACUCGAUACCAUCGACCACGGAGGACGAGAAGGACACGCAUCUGCAGACCGUCUCGGGAUCCACCUGCUGGAAUUGCGGUAGGCCCGCCCUGGAGACGUGCGGUGGCUGCGGAAUCGCGCGAUACUGCGGUUCCUUUUGCCAGCAUCGCGAUUGGGAGGCCGGAGGACACCACGCGACGUGCAACAAUCCUCCACCACGCGAGCUGAGAAGAUCCGCCUCGCGUAGCCCGCCGAGAAUCGCCGCGGGAAGUCUCUCGACGAACGCGGACGUCGACGUGGCCGCGCCGAUAGCGGCCAGCGGCGCGUCCAAGGGGAAGUGACGUCGCGACGCCAAGUAUAAUCUCGUUCGUCGAUUCGCUAGACCUAUUCAAUACGAUUCGCGUUAACCCGUUCGCGCGAUCAACGUUCUUUCGAGUCAUACAUCUUCUGCGUACCUUCUUCGCCCUCUACUUCUUUCCUCUUCCUCGAAAUGCCUUUCCUCGUGUUUCUCUGUAUAAAAUGAAGUUUCGCGAAAUCCGUACCGAGUAUAUCAAUGAUAUAUCCCUGUCGCAGUACACGCAAGAUUUUACUCGUCGAGCAGCAGGAUUGUUUUCGCUAUUUAACGAUUUACGAAUAAUGGAAGCGCGUCAACAAGGAACAUCCGUGGAACCUCUCUUCUCUAUGAUCUCGAUGGACCUUGCAAAUUAAUGGAGCAGCUGAAAAUAGAAAUAAAACAAAGUUUCAGUCGGGCAGAAAUUUUGAUUUGUCGACUCUCGCUUCAACACGAAAUUCACGAGCAAAUCGUUUGCUCUCUGUUACCGAUCGCUAAUGGAAACAGUAUAUUAGGUACACAGAACAAAAUUGCACCCUCUAUGAUCGCUGUAUCAUCGUUCGUUGAAUUUCUUCUUUAGA